CCUCAGGACUCCUCCAGGACUCCCUGAGGACCGACAUGCUGGGAGGAGACGAGGUGGCCCAGUGGGACGUGGCGCUGAGCGACGGCGUCUACCGGAUCCAGUUCUCUCACGGAACCACCACCGGGAAACGGGUCGUCUACGUCAACGGACAGGAGGUCAUCAGAAGGGACUGGCUCUUCAAGCUGGUUGGCCGGGAGACGUUCACUGUGGGCGGAGCCAACACCAGGGCAGCCGUGGUCAUCGAGGCCGUCGGAGGCUUCGCCUACGAGUACUCUCUGCAGCUGGAGGGGCGGAGCCUGCAGAAGUUCACCGCAAACCGGGCUCUAACCUGCAUCACCUGGCUGCUCCGCCUGGACGGGGAGGACUGUAGGGUGGUCCUGGAGAAGGACACGAUGGACGUUUGGUGCAACGGACAGAAAAUGGAAACAACGGGAGAGUUUGUUGACGACGGGACAGAGACACGCUUCAUGUUGGGGGAACACGACUGCUGCAUCAAGGCGACGAGCGGUGGGAAGAAAAAAGGCGGCAUUGUGCACAAUCUACUGCUGGAUGGAGAGAAGAUAGCAGCUUCAGCACAAUAGAGCCCAUGAAUGAGGUAUUUACAUGUACAGAUACCACGCAGUACCAGCUGGGCUUUAUUAUGGAGUUGUUUUUCAUCAUUUAUUUGACAAAUGUACAAACCACACACACAAAUAUGUCCAUGUAAA